AUGGCUCCCACAGUCAUUCUCAUCAGACAUGCUCAAGCACUUCAUAGCUUCAAUGAACAAUGCCAAACCCUCUCCCGGCACCUACGCCAAAACGUCCCCCUCGCCCAAACCAUAGACCUAAUCGUCGUCUCCCCCAUGAUCCGCACCCUCCAAACAGCACAACAAAGUCUCGGCUGGCUAAUCGAGCGCGGCGUGCCCGUGAUCCUGCGUCCGGAAUGGCAAGAAAACUCAGCCAAGCCCUGCGACACAGGGACCGCGAUACCGAUCAUGGAGGCCGCAUGGCCGCAAUUCAACUGGGCGGAUGUCGAUCCCCUGUUUCCGAAAAAGGAAGGCUUGUAUGAGUAUUCGCAAAAUGGGUUGACGCGGAGGGGUAUCGAGGCGAGGAGGUGGCUGAGGGAAAGACCGGAGAAGUGUAUUGCUGUUGUGAGCCAUUCGGGGUUCUUGAGGGUCGGGGUUAGCUAUCGGAAGUAUGAGAAUGCAGAUUUUAGGAUCUUUGGGUGGGAGGAGGGAGGGGAGUGGGAUGGGGUUGGUGGGAGACUGGUGGAAUGGGAGGAGACGGAGAGGAGCGGUGGGGGGGUUGGGGUUGUCGCCGAAGGGGAGUAUCCUAAGGAGGCUGAGGGAAGGGCUGUUGGGGAGGUUGCUCAUGAGGUGCCGAAGUAG